AUGUUGACUCCAACAUGGCAAAUGGACCUUUUUAUUUACCAAACGAUCAUAUUGAUUCCAAUUUAUAUAUUUAUGUUGCUGGAUUUCGUGAUAUCUCGAGGAAAACAUAAAACGUUUCAAAGUCCAUAUUAUACUCUGAUGGUUUCACAGGGCAUAGCGGAUAUUGCCACCAUCACUGUAUUUUCCUCGUUGGUCCUUGCCAGAUAUUUUUCAUUCGGCAACUUAUUCCUCUACUCACUUCGUCCAUUCAUGCCAAUUUUCUAUGCAAACAGUGGUCCAAUGAUGUUCGUCAUGAGAAUAGUCGGAGUGUUUUUGAUCACUACGCAGAGAUAUCUUACAGUAUGCCGAUCCCACGGGACACUCAACUUUCACCUCAAUAACUGCCCACCAAUUCUCCUGAUUCUACUUCAUUGGUUUCUCGGAACCCUGAUCUACUUCCCAGCCCUUCUCAAUUCAGAUGCAACAUUCGAAAACGAAAUUUCUCUAUUCAUCAUGACAAGUAGUAUUCACGCUCAAGUAUUUUCUGUCACGGUUACCACGUCAUUCUUCACAAUUGGAUUAUCAAUAGUUAUAAUGUAUUCAAGAAUUGCAGUGGUGAUGAUGAAAGCAAGAAGAAAAGGGAGAAUGAGUAAUAAAUCAUCUACUCGAGUGCAGGAUGCCCGACUAACGUUCCAUGUUUUCGUGCUUAUUGUUUUCUGCAUCAUUUGUUUUGUGUACUAUCUCGGAGAGUUUGUUUUAUCUUUUGAUCUUGAUCGCACUCGUCUAAAAGCCUUCCGCCUCUACUAUCCUACAGUUUCUGGAAAUUUGUCUUUUAUCAAUCCCAUUAUGUUGUUAACGUUCAAUCGUGAUGUGCAGUGUAGGAUUCGGAAGGUUUUCUGUGGUUGUUGCUAUUCGAGUCCAAAAGUCACUGUUGCCAGUGUGAUUAGGCCAGGAAAAUCGGAAACGGGCGGAAUGGUAUAA